AUGCACGUCAGUCUUCGUACUUGCGUUUUAGCAGGCUGCCUUGUCGGCGCGUUCCUGCAGGCUCUGAUUGGGUGCUUCGUGUCUCGUGCCUUUCGAUCUCCCGACCAUUCAAGCCACUACGGAUAUGUUACCCCAGCUAGUCUUGGUAUUAACUGGAGUCAAUGGUUGGACUAUAAAUACCGUGAAAGGGAAAGUACAAGCGAUUGUACAUCUCCCGACUCAGGUGACACUGAAGAGUCCAUUGGUAGCGACUCCGAUUGCGAUGCAGUUAUCAACGAAGAACAGCCACGAGAACUACGCCGAGAGCUGUCCGACAAUAUUAACGAAGGCCUUAUUACGACAAGAAAUCAUAUAUGGGGUAUAGAUGAAGAUAAUUGCACUGAAGUGGCUUCCGAUACAGAUCAUGUCUACGACGGAGAUGAAGAGCUUGAACCUGCCGCUACAGACGAAGGUCAAGUCGAUGCCCAAUACAUCGACAGCGAUGAUGACUAUGACACGACAACCAGUGGCAAUUUGACUUGUACCACGUCUGUUGAUGAUACCGAAUGGGUUGGUCGUCGCCCAGUCACACCACUCCAAACGACGGAAGCCGUCGCCGAGCAAUCACCCACCAUCACUGGCAUAACACUGGUUGAUCCGUUUCAAAGCCCUAGCAGGCGUAUAUUACCGUUACCCCAGCGCCGACGCAAGAUGUUGGCGUUACCUGAGAAACAAGCGAACCAAUUUAUUCCAUUCACGACCACGAAAUCCAGUCCAAUACCACAGCGCGAUGGUAUGAGCAGAAUUGGUAACGCAGUUCCAGUAUGGCAGUCCUGGAUUCUUCGUGUAGAAGUACAGCUUCCGUAUGUGGCAAAAUCCAAAACAGUACCCUUGGCUCUUGAAUAUAUUGACAAACUACCAACUUCGGAAACAAGCCACGAGCUGUUUUACGAAGAUGAUAUUCGUGUAAAAAUGCCACAUUGCGCAAUGUCCGCAGCAGACUACCGAUUUAUAAGGUUAAAGUGGUUGACUAUAAGGGGCCCUCCGUACCCCAUUCCCAUCCCCUUAUAG